CGUUGGAGUGUAGAAACGCUUUGCUCGGAGCCAUCUAUUGAACUAUGAACUAUAUGAACUAUUGUAGUUGUACGCGGGUUAGAAAAAUUGAGUAAUGGUUAUCGAUAUAGUCAACAUUUUCCUGGAAAAAAUACCACUUUGUUAAUAUUACUACGUUGAGAGUACAAUAUCACAUUACGUUGAAUAUAAUCAAAAUGGGUGGUGGAGACUUGAAUUUGAAGAAAUCGUGGCACCCGUCCACUAUGAAGAACAUGGAAAAGGUAUGGAAGGCGGAACAGCAGAAUGAUCAAGAAAAAAAGAGAAUAGCGGAGCUGAAGAAGGAGAUCGAAAUGGAGAAGGAUCGUGAGGAUAUGACAAAGUAUGCUAUGGAGCAAGGAGUGAUAGAGAGGAAGGACGAGAAGAAACUGGACUGGAUGUAUAAAGGACCAAAUCAAAUGGUCAAUAGAGAGGAUUAUCUAUUGGGAAGACCAGUUGACAAAGCCUUUGAACAGAUGGUUCAAGCGGAGAAAGCAGAGCUUAGUAGGAUAUCAAAAAACCACGUCGAAUAUGAAUGCAUCCCGCCUUCGUUGCGGUUCUUCUCUGGUAAUGAACAAGUGGAUUUAGCCAGAAAAAUGCAAGAGGAUCCUCUGUGCGUCAUAAAGAAAAAGGAGAUAGAGACGAGGAAUCAGCUUUUGAAAAAUCCUGUCAAGUUAAAACAACUCAGAGUACUGCUGGAGCAACAGUCGCGCAAGAGUAAAAGUGAAAAGAAGAAAAAAAAGUCAAAGCAGCGGGACAGCAGCGAGGAUGAGGCUAGGUUGGAUAUGUUGCUAGUCGCCAAGUACAGACAAUUAAAAGACAACAUUAGCGAAGGGGACUUGUUGAAGUCAAUGAAGAAGAGACAUAAGCAAAAGAAAAAGUCGAAGAAACGUAGUUACUCGGUAGCGAGUGAUUCAAACGAACGUAGCGACGACGAUACCAAAGCUUCUCUUAAGGAAACGCUGUCCAAGCGGAAAAAGCAAGUAGGAAAUAUGAGUGACAGUGAGAACGAUGAGAGCAAUAGCAGAAACAGUAGCGAUGAAUGUGAUACUCAACGUGAAAAGGAAGACAGUAAAAAAGGGGGCGAUAGAAAAAAGAGUUCGGCAGAGGACAAUGUAAAGAUUAACGACAGCAGGAAACCAAUUAAAGAGAGAAGAUUGAACAGAGACAGAAAUUUCGAAUACGAAAGAAACAAAGAGUAUAGGGAAGAUUGUAAUGUGCAUCACAGAAAGCAGCAACGAUACGACGAGGAGAAUAGCAGGCAGAGGAAUAAUUUCCGGAGCAAGUACAAUGAUGAGAGAAGGUAUACCACAGAUAGACGAAACGAUGGAACGGCGAAUAAAUGGAGGUCGAGGCAAAAGUCAAGCCUCACGGAAGAGGAGAAGGAACAACGGAGGCAGGAGAUGAUGGCGAAUGCAAUGUGGCGCGAUAAGGAAAGAGAAAAGAAUGUUAAAAUGUACCGCGAGGAAGAGAAGAGAGAGACGCAGAAUAAGUCGUACAAUAAGGAUUUCAUUAGGAAACAAUUGGUUGUUGCGACAGAAGUCGGUACUGUCGCGUCCAGAAUCAAAGCCAAUAUCAACAACAUACAACGUUCCGGUCGAGCAAUGGACACGAAUUUCGCUAGAAGAUGACUCUUGAUCUCUAGUUCGUUGCGUGUUCUAAUUUAUAAAUUAUAAUUAGAAUGUAAUGUGACUUUUGUAUGAAGAC